AAUAACUCCUUCCCCCCUUCUCCACAUUCUCUUCCACCUCCGUUCCCCUUUCUCCUCCUCCUCUUCCUCCUCCUCCUCCCUUCCUCUUCCAUGGCCGUUUAGCUCCUCAUCAGGAUCUCCCGGUCUCUCCACCUCUUGCUAGCUACCCUUCUGAGCUUGCACGCGGUAAAGGAUCGUUUCCAGAGCUGCAACUUGCAGGCAGACGACAUAUUGAGAGAUCAGAGUUCUAUUUUUGCAAAGCCACACACAUAUAUAGUUCUUCUGCUAGAUCUCACUGCCAGUCUCACAGCGAAGGUACUUGGGGCUUGUAGCUUAUCCCAAGAUCUGUUGCUAGUCGUGGUGUUGCUUGGCAGGCAAGGUAUCUCUAUAUAGGAAUAGGAUUAGCGCCUGUUCUUUGGCUGUGGAGGGAGUACCCAUGUGUCUGUGAAGAAAUGGCAAGGAGUGAGACGGCAAGAAUUUAGGGCUUGAGAGGUGGCGACAGGAGAAUGAUGAUCCCGGCGAGGCACAUGCCGUCGAUGAUCGGCCGGAGCGGCGCGGCGGCGGCGUACGGGUCCUCGUCGGCACUGUCACUCGGUCAGCCAAACCUGCUGGACAACCACCCGCAACUCCAGCAGGCGCUGCAGCAGCAGCAUCUGCUGGACCAGAUCCCGGCGACGACGGCGGAGAGCGGCGACAACAUGAUGCGCGGCGGCCGGGGCUCCGACCUGCUGGGGGACGAGUUCGAGAGCAAGUCCGGCAGCGAGAACGCGGACGGCGUCUCCGUGGACGACCAGGACCCCAACCAGCCGCCCAGCAAGAAGAAGCGCUACCACCGCCACACCCAGCACCAGAUCCAGGAGAUGGAAGCCUUCUUCAAGGAAUGCCCGCACCCGGACGACAAGCAGCGCAAGGAGCUGAGCCGGGAGCUCGGGCUGGAGCCGCUCCAGGUCAAGUUCUGGUUCCAGAACAAGCGCACGCAAAUGAAGAACCAGCACGAGCGGCAGGAGAACUCGCAGCUGCGUGCGGAGAACGAGAAGCUCCGGGCCGAGAACAUGCGGUACAAGGAGGCCCUGAGCAGCGCGUCCUGCCCCAACUGCGGCGGCCCCGCUGCGCUCGGGGAGAUGUCCUUCGACGAGCACCACCUCCGCAUCGAGAACGCGCGGCUCCACGAGGAGAUCGACAGGAUCUCGGCCAUCGCCGCCAAGUACGUGGGCAAGCCCAUGGUGUCCUUUCCUGUGCUCUCCAGCCCGUUGGCUGCCGCACGCGCGUCGCCUCUGGACAUCGGUGUGGGCGCCGCCGCCGCGUACGGCGGCGCUACUGACAUCUUCGGUGGUGUCGUCGCUGCUGGUGCCGCCGGGGAGCUGCUGAGGGGCGCUGCGCAGUCGGACGCCGAUAAGCCCAUGAUCGUGGAGCUGGCUGUGGCGGCCAUGGAGGAGCUGGUCCGGAUGGCGCAGCUGGAUGAGCCACUUUGGAACGCGCCGGGGAUCGAUGGAUCGAGCGAGACGCUGAACGAGGAGGAGUAUUCGCGCAUGUUCUCCCGCGGGCUCGGACCCAAGCAGUACGGCCUCAAGUCGGAGGCCUCCCGCGAUAGCAGUGUGGUGAUCAUGACACAUGCCAACCUUGUUGAGAUCCUCAUGGACGUGAAUCAAUAUGCAACUGUGUUCUCGAGCAUCGUGUCAAGAGCGGUGACGCUGGAGGUGCUGUCCACCGGCGUGGCGGGGAACUACAACGGCGCAUUGCAAGUGAUGUCAGUGGAAUUUCAGGUGCCUUCGCCACUGGUGCCGACAAGGGAGAGCUACUUCGUGAGGUACUGCAAGCAGAACGCUGACGGGACAUGGGCCGUCGUCGAUGUCUCAUUGGACAGCCUGCGCCCCGGAUCUGUCCUCAAGUGCCGGCGCCGGCCGUCUGGUUGCCUGAUCCAGGAAAUGCCCAAUGGCUACUCAAAGGUGACAUGGGUGGAGCACGUCGAGGUGGACGACAGGUCGGUGCACAACAUCUACAAGCUGCUGGUGAACUCGGGCCUUGCCUUCGGUGCACGCCGAUGGGUCGGGACGCUGGAUCGCCAAUGCGAGCGCCUUGCCAGCGUCAUGGCCAGCAACAUCCCGACCAGCGACAUUGGUGUGAUCACGAGCAGUGAGGGGAGGAAGAGCAUGCUGAAACUGGCUGAGAGGAUGGUGAUGAGCUUCUGUGGCGGCGUGACGGCCUCCGCGGCGCACCAGUGGACGACGCUGUCUGGCAGCGGGGCUGAGGAUGUCCGUGUCAUGACCAGGAAGAGCGUCGACGACCCGGGCAGGCCACCAGGCAUCGUUCUCAAUGCCGCCACUUCAUUUUGGCUCCCUGUCCCGCCCAAGCGUGUCUUUGAUUUCCUCCGCGAUGAGAGCUCCCGUAGCGAGUGGGACAUCCUCUCCAAUGGUGGCAUUGUUCAAGAAAUGGCUCACAUUGCCAAUGGCCGGGAUCACGGCAACUGUGUCUCGCUUCUUCGUGUCAAUAGCACGAACUCGAACCAAAGCAACAUGCUGAUCCUGCAAGAGAGCUGCACCGACUCGUCGGGCUCCUAUGUCAUCUAUGCCCCGGUGGACGUCGUGGCCAUGAAUGUUGUCCUCAACGGCGGCGAUCCCGACUAUGUGGCACUCCUGCCAUCGGGCUUCGCCAUCCUACCCGAUGGUCCAGCCAGGGGAAACAUGCAAGGCGAAGGUGGCGUCGGCUCAGGUGGGUCGCUCCUGACAGUGGCGUUCCAGAUACUAGUGGACUCUGUGCCCACAGCCAAGCUCUCGCUGGGGUCAGUGGCAACGGUGAACAGCCUCAUUGCCUGCACCGUGGAGCGCAUCAAGGCCGCGGUCUCCGGCGAGAGCAAUCCCCAGUAGCUUCGUUGAAUCAAAAAAUGUUCUUAUCCUCGUAUUGGAGGAGCAGCAAAUUUUAGAGCUUCAUCAGUGGGAAGUCAAGAACGCACCUCAGACUCUCCUUGCCAUGUGGUGCCCAUAGUUUGGGUUAUUUUUUUUGCCUAGCUAGUUUCUGCAAAAUUUCUGGAAACUCCAAGAAAUGAUUCAGUUAUCAAAGAAGAUGCGUCACCACUACGCAAGGGCAGUUGGUUCGGGUAUUGACUUCCUCUUCAUGUUGGCCUCUCGGAUGCUGCUACCUGUUAAUUUAGGUUUCUUGUCUUGUGGAGUACUAAACCAUAAUUUAAUUAGCCUGUAACUUGUGCUGUUGUUGCUUUUGUUCGGACUUUUCCAGUAUCCUGGUAGAAGUUCUAGAAUAGAGAUUUGUGUGCCUUUAAUUCUAUACUUUGUAGUGUUUCUGGUGUCCGGCCCCCAUUUCAAUCCCAAAUGUGCCAUGCGUGAUGUGCUUGCA